AUGGCCAGAAACGAGACCCGACAACGCUUUAUUGAUGCUGAAAGUGUCAGGGAUCGGUUAUGUUACGAUGCAGAGAGCUUACCGUUAAAAGCAAAAGCUAGGUUAGCCCACAAAGCGAGGAAAGACCCACUUUACGUCAAGGUUUUGGAAAUAGCAGCUGUGGUGUUUGUGGCAGUUGGGGCCCUGUACUGCUGGUUCUACUUCGAUAAUGUGCACUUCCAUAUCACACAUGCGUAUGCUCACCUGGGAUAUGAUGUGGCCCAGCAUCAGGUCGGACAGCGAUACUUGCAGGGGAAAGGUGUAGAACCACAUCCAGAAAAGGCCAUGGAGUGGUUCCGGAAAGCUGCGGACCAAGGACACCCACAUGCCGCAUACAAUCUGGCAAUUGGACAUCUGAAAGGCUACAAGACGGAUCUCAAACCAGGAGAAUCUCAUCAGCUGAUCACUCAUGCAGCUGCCAAUGGAGUCAGAGAAGCUCAUGAGGUGCUGAAUUCUGUUUGCACCAAAGGAGGAUGCCAAUAG